AUGCUAAUUGUUUCAGGACAAUGCACCGCGGCGCUGGGCAUGGAGAACGGCGAAAUCCCGGACGAAGACAUCUCAGCGAGCUCUAUGUACGCCCCGAGCCUCGACCCCAAAUACGCCAGGCUCAAGCAGGACAAGGGUGGAGGCGCCUGGUGCCCGAAGGAGGCGAUCACGCAGGAGGGCAAGGAGUUUCUCGAGGUGUACCUCAGGACUCCCAGGGUCCUGACGUCGGCUCGAACCCAGGGCAGGUUCGGGAACGGCUACGGGGUGGAAUACACCGAGAAGUACUUCGUCGAGUAUUGGAGGCCCGGCUUCAACAAGUGGGUGCGGUGGAGGAAUCGCAGGGGCAAGGACCUUCUCGUGGGGAACAACAACCCCUACACGGAAAAGGAACAGAUCUUCGACCCGCCAAUAAUAGCGACGAAAAUCCGGGUCAUCCCUUACACGCCGCACAUACGUACGGUGUGUUUGCGCCUGGAGCUCUAUGGAUGCUCCUGGACCGAGGGUCUGUUGUCCUACUCGAUGCCGCAGGGGGUCCAGCGAGGAUCCGAGAUAGAUCUGUCGGACAGGACGUACGAUGGCAGAGAAGAGGGUGGUCAGCUCGUCGGAGGACUCGGUCAGCUGGUAGAUGGCCAGAAGGGGCCGGACAACUUCCGGUCUGACGUCAGCGACAAUGGCAAAGGGUACGAGUGGGUCGGCUGGAAGAACGACACGCAGAACAUGCUGGGCCGCCCUGUAGAGAUCGUCUUCGAGUUCGACGUCUCCAGGAACUUCACGGCGAUGCAUCUGCACACGAACAACUUCUUCUCGAAGGACGUCCAGGUGUUCUCUCACGCCAAGGUCUACCUUGGCGCAGAUGGGGCCAACCAGUUCACCGGGGAACCCGUGCACUUUUCCUACAUGCCCGACCUGGUCUUGGAACAGGCUCGUGACGUGACGAUCAAGCUGCACUCGCGUGCAGGCCGCUACCUCAAACUGCAGCUAUACUUUGCAGCCCGCUGGAUCAUGCUCAGCGAGGUUAUCUUCGAAUCGGUCAUAUCCGAGUGGAACAACACCGACGAGGAGGAGAACAAAAACAGGAGCGCCAUUGUUCCGGCGACCGGCAGUCCCUACCAGAACAACGAGGGCCCGCUGCAGAGGGACGAGGUGAAGGCUACUUUCAAUAAGGAGGAGAACAACGAUAAUGUCUUUUUAGAUAAAAGCAAGGAGCCCGAGUCGAAGCAGCUCAUCGGACUCGUCAUCGGGAUCCUGACGACGGUCAUCGUCAUGCUGCUCGCUGCCAUCACGUUCAUCUUCUACAGGAGUCGACGUCUGAAGGGGACCCUGACGCCCUCGACGUUUUACGACCAACAGAGGGACUUCAAGGUUUCGGUGGACGAGGCCGAGGACAAGGGGCCAAUUUGCCCGCCACUUCCCUCGCAAUACCACCCCGGAGCUUACGGCGCCUCCACCGCGACCACUACGCCGCAGCUGCACAAACCUACGGAGUACCAAGGGGUCCACGAGGCGCAGCCAGUCAUUCCACUCCUGCUCAACACGAUCAAUCUCGCCCGGCCAAUUCCGCCCACCCAGGAGUACCCAUCCAACCCACCGCCCAUACCGCCACCACCAGAGAAGUAUUACGCCAGCACGGAGAUCUGCAAGAGUCCCUUGCCGCCAUUACCGCCGUCGCCGACGCCAAGUACGCCGGCGCCCGCGAGCGCGAAGGCCUCCAGCAGCCUAACCAGCUACAGCCCCGAAGACAUGCUCACCGAGGAGGAGGACGAGGAGGAGGACUGCAUCUUCGACUUCCCCCGGGAGAGGCUCAAUAUCGUCGAGAAUCUCGGCUGCGGUAACUUUGGGGACAUCCACCUGUGCGAGGUCGAUAGGUUCCCGGGAUACGACGAGGUCCUGGAGGGCGCGGGCAGCGACCUCGUCGUCGUCAAGUCCCUCAGACCGGGAUCCUCGGAGGCCCUGAGGAUAGAAUUUCAACAAGAAGCAAAGAGGCUGUCGCGACUCGCCGAUCGGAACGUAGCACGUCUUCUGGGUGCCAGCCUCGUCGACGACCCCAUGUGCGUCGUCUCCGAGUACGGCAAGUACGGAGACCUGAAUCAAUACCUGCAGAGCCACAUCGCCGAGACAUCCACCGUGCACACCGCGAAAACUCUCAGCUUCGGCGCGCUCGUGUACAUGGCCACACAAAUAGCCUCCGGUAUGAAGUACCUUGAAGAGAUGGACUUUGUGCAUCGCGACCUGGCGACCAGGAACUGCGUGGUGAAUCGGGGGUAUUCCGUCAAGGUCUCGGACCUGGGGCCAGGAAGAAGCGCCUACGCCGCUGACUACUUCAGGGUUGAAGGAAGACCUCCUCUUCCCAUUCGAUGGAUGGCCUGGGAGUCAAUGCUAAUGGCGAGAUACUCCGUGAAGAGCGACGUGUGGGCCUUCGCCGUGACAUUCUGGGAGAUCCUGACUUUCGCGCGAGAGCAGCCCUUCGAGGAGCUGCCCGAUCAUCGGAUCGUCGAAAACGCCACCCACUUCUACCAGGAAGACGAGAGGAGGAUCAUCCUGCCCCUGCCGAAGAACUGCCCGAAGGAGAUGUACGACCUGAUGAGAGAGUGCUGGCAGCGAAACGAGACGGACCGGCCCAGCUUCCGGGAGAUCCAUCUGUUCCUUCAGCGCAAGAAUCUCGGCUACAAGCCCAACAGCAACGACACCUGAUAUAGAGAACUGGAAGGCUGGAACCUGAUCCGGCUUUCUAUGAUCGGCGAGCCCAACGGCAAUUGGUGGGGCUGCUCGCCUCUGACCAAGUAGGGAAUCAAGGUAGCUCGACGUCCAGGGGACGCGAAAUUAACUAGGUGGGUACAUAUUACGAAGGGGACAAUAAUCGUGCCAGGAGUUACCAAGCCGCUCGACCAAGGAGUUUGGA